GAGACUGUCUUCUCCGUGUUGGUCAGGCUGGUCUCGAACUCCCGAACUCAGGUGAUCCGCCUGCCUCAACCUCCCAAAGUGCUGGGAUUACAGGUGUGAGCCACUGCGCCGGCCCAGCGUUGCUUUUCAAUUUGCAAUUACAAAACCGUGGAACGCCACUUCACACUUCUCACCACCAACCCAACCACCCAGCUCCCGGCCUCGUCAGGAGGAAGAAGGUCCCAUCAUCCCACUAGGAAGCUCAUACGGGCCAGAAGCCGAGACUCCUGAGAGCGGUGAGACUGGUGUGCCCCAACCGGGCGUCGGGGCUUUCCCGGAAUUGGGCGGGGCCGGCUCCGCCCUCGUGCGCAGGCGCAGAGCCGUGGCGGCGGGAGCAGAUGCCAGCUGAGCAGUUUCCAGCCGGCUCCGCCCUCGUGCGCAGGCGCAGAGCCGUGGCGGCGGGAGCAGAUGCCCGCUGAGCAGUUUCCAGCCGGCUCCGCUGAGCGGCGGGACUGGGCGGCUGCGGGGAGCGCUGGACACAGCCUGAGGCUUCGGCGUCCGCCUUCCGCAGUACCCUCAGAUCAGCCGACAUGAAUCCCGUCCUGGUGGUCCACGGCGGAGCUGGCCCCGUCUCGGAGGAUGUGAAGGAGAGAGUGCGCCAGGGCAUCAUCAGAGCCGCCACCGUGGGCUACGGCAUCCUCCGGGAGGGCGGGAGCGCCGUGGACGCCGUGGAGGGAGCUGUGGUCACCCUGGAAGACGAUCCCGAGUUCAACGCAGGUUGUGGGUCUGUCUUGAACACAAAUGGUGAGGUUGAAAUGGACGCCAGUAUCAUGGAUGGAAAAGACCUGUCUACGGGAGCAGUGUCCGCAGUCCGGGGUAUAGCCAAUCCCAUUAAACUCGCUCGGCUUGUCAUGGAAAAGACACCUCAUUGCUUUCUGACUCACCAUGGUGCAGCACAAUUUGCGGCAGCUAUGGGAGUUCCAGAGAUUCCUGCAGAAAAACUGAUAACAGAGAGAAACAAAAAGCGUCUGGAAAAAGAGAAGCAAGAAAAGGAGGCUCAGGAAACAGAUAGUGAACCAAACUUGGGAACCGUGGGUGCCGUUGCCUUGGACUGCAAAGGGAAUGUGGCCUACGCAACCUCUACAGGGGGUAUCAUUAAUAGAAUGGUCGGCCGUGUUGGGGACUCACCGUGUGUAGGAUCUGGAGGUUAUGCUGACAGUAACAUCGGAGCCAUCUCAACCACAGGGCACGGGGAAAGCAUCCUGAAGGUGAACCUGGCCAGACUCACUCUGUUCCACAUGCAACAAGGAAAGACGGUAGAAGAGGCUGCGGACCUGUCGUUGGGUUAUAUGAAGUCAAGGGUCAAAGGUUUAGGUGGCCUCAUCUUGGUUAGCAAGACAGGAGACUGGGUGGCAAAGUGGACCACCACCUCCAUGCCCUGGGCAGCCGCCAAGGACGACAAGCUGCACUUUGGAAUUGAUCCUGGUGAAACUACUGUCACAGACCUGGCCUAAGCCCCUGGUAGACUGUGUUCCAGAUGCUAGCUUAGAGGAAGAGUACAGUCUCCUCAUGAGACAUAGCCUAAUCAAUUAGAUCCAGACAUGGAAGAAAUCGUGCAGUCUGUCACUUGUUUUGUUGCCUUAAUAAUCAUCUGAAUGUUUGAUUGAGGGGUGGGUUCUGAAAUCACGAGAGACAUGCCCAUAUUAGGAGGACUGCUUGAGCCUGGGAAGUCAAAGCCGAGGUGAGCCAUGGGUACUCCACUGUAUGCCAGCCUGGGUGCACAAGAACAUCAGGGAAAAGAACCAAAAUCCUUUAAGGGAAAUGUUCUCCAUGUAUGAGAGACUAAAUUGAUUUUCCUAAGAAAGUUCAGAUCUUUCCUGACUUAUCUGGAUGUCUCCAGAUACUUCCAAAGAACCCAUAGCUCCCUAACCUGGAGAUGGAAGGUCAUAAUGGAGAUGCUGUGGGAUUCCUUGAAGUUCCUUGGGUUCAGAGAUGAACCUCCCUCAAUUAGUGUUCUCCCAUGAGCCAGACUGCACCUUCCAAAGACCCUCUGGUCCUCGUAUAGUGAGUGACAGGACUCAGCCUCUCCAACAACAGAGAGUAGCCGACCGCUGUAGGGCUGGCCCCGUGACUUCCUGCGUCCUCACCGGGUUUUGUGCUUUGAGAUUCUUCCCGCCUCCCCGCCCCCACCAGCUGCAUCGGGUGCUGUGCAGAGUGGUCAGCAUGGUGGAGAAAGUCAUUUCCCAGGGGACGGUUUUCCCCUUUAUCUCUUGUUACACUGGAAACGCGAUUCUGCUGUAAUAUCCCUGCUCAGUUUUUCAGUCUCUCAGGGUUCACCUUCUCUCUGGAAAGAAAUUGUUUAACUUUACAUUCCAUGUGCUGCUAAUAAAAUGUAUUUUGAAAGAGUAA